GUGUUAGAAACGAAAUCGGUAUUGUUAUGCGAGAGAAUAAAGACAAAUUUACUUUAAAAACAUUGCAACAGCUGUCAUACUUAGAGAGAUGUAUAAAGGAAGGGAUGCGCUUAUAUCCUAUUGCAUAUGCUAUCAUACGCAUGACUGCAGAAGACGUAAAAUUACAAUCAUAUUUAGUACCUUCUGGAACACAUGUGUAUUGUUAUAUUUACGGAGUUCAUAGAGACCCUAAUUUUUGGCCAAAUCCAGAAGUAUUUGAUCCAGAUAGAUUUUUGCCCGAGAAGAUCCGAAAUCGUCAUCCUUACUCAUAUAUACCAUUCGGUGCUGGACCACGUAACUGUAUCGGCCAACGAUUUGCUAUGCUGGAAAUGAAGGCGAUGAUAGCCUCUCUGAUAAACAAUUUCUACUUGGAGUCUGUUGACCAUUUAAAAGAUCUUCAGCUGCAGGGGGAUAUGAUACUUCGCCCUGCUCAUCCACUUCGUAUAAGAUUUGUCCCUAUCCGUAAAAUUAAUACAUAA